AGUCUAGCGCAUGCGCACUUAGGCUAUUGAAAAAGUGGAAGUGUAGGCAAAGCGAAGACGAUAAAAGUGGCGCAUCAUACUAUGAGGAGUUGAUUAUUAACAUAUUGGGUACUUGAAAUAGGAUUUAGUUAUGUAGAAUGCGAAUCAAGAUGAAUAAAGGUAAUUACGAAGGCCAGAUAGCCGGAAUGUAUGAUCUGGGUGAGACGAUCGGUCGCGGUCAUUUCGCAGUUGUCAGGUUAGCUCGACACGUCUUUACAGGAGCAAAAGUAGCUGUAAAAGUAAUCGACAAGACCAAAUUGGAUGAAAUAUCACGAAAUCAUCUUUUUCAAGAGGUCAAUUGUAUGAAAUUAGUUCAACACCCUCAUGUAAUUCGCUUAUAUGAGGUUAUUGACACUCAAACUAAGCUUUUUCUGAUACUCGAAUAUGGCGAUGGUGGCGACAUGUAUGAAUACAUAAAUCGCUAUGAAAAAGGGCUAUCAGAGGAACAGGCUUGCUCCUAUUUCCGCCAAAUUGUUGAAGCCAUCUCAUACUGUCACGAUAUGCAUGUAGUUCAUCGCGAUCUAAAGCCGGAAAAUGUCGUGUUCUUUGAACAACUCGGCGUCUUAAAAUUGACUGAUUUCGGAUUUAGUAACAUGUACGUACCAGGAAGGCAUCUGGAUACCGCCUGCGGUUCUCUUGCGUAUUCAGCUCCAGAAAUUCUAUUAGGAGAUAGCUACGAUCCACCAGCAGUUGACGUCUGGAGUUUGGGUGUAAUUUUAUAUAUGCUAGUUUGUGGAACACCGCCUUUUCAUGAAGCAAAUGACAGUGAAACGUUAACUAUGAUUAUGGAUUGUAAAUAUAGGAUCCCUGCGCACGUUUCAAACUCUUGCCAAAAUCUCAUAACAAGAAUGCUAGUGAGAGAGCCCAAAGAUAGACCUACACUUCGUGAGAUUUGUGAAGAUCCUUGGGUCAACUCAGGAAAACCUCUACCUCGAGUACCUGUCAUUUCUCGAUCAAUGAUAAGUGAAAAUGAUCAUGUCGAGAUAAUAAAGAAAAUGGUAGAAGGUAACCUGGCACCUAAGGAAGAUAUUAUUAGAGCAAUAGAACAAGAUGAAUAUAACAGUAUUACUGCGACUUAUUAUUUAUUAGCUGAGAGACGUUUAAAACGUUCAUCAGCCGAUUCUUCAAAAGCUUCGUCAACAACAUCCAAAACGUCUUUGGAUGACUCUAAUGUAAAAAAAUCAAGCGAUAUCGCUUCACUAGCCUUAUCACCAAGGGCCAAAUCAGGUGAAUUGGGAAAGGACAGUGACGUGCGACAAUCGUUUGUUUCACCGCCUAGUAUAUUACGCUUAUCCACUGGAGUUGGGGCUGCAGAGUGUGGAGUCUUUGAAAAAAGAUGUUCACUUAUCAAUGAAGAAAGUUCGGACGUCGAAGAUGGUGAUAUUGCGUGUUCUCUACCUCCAUCCUCUAAUAGGCCUUCCAGCCGUGGUCUGCAUCUCGUUCACUCGUCACCGCAAUUAGUACUCAAUCAAAUUCACGAGGAGAGGGAGGACCAAGAUGGCCCACCUCCCGGUAAAAUGACGCCAUUAGGCGCAGCACCAAGGACCCUACCACCACGCCGUUGCAACAGGAGACGUGUUAAUCCUCAGAGAUCCUGUUCAUCUUCCGAUGCUUCGGAUACGGAUGACAACCCUCCAGAUAUACGUCGUCGACAGGCUCCAUCCUGUUGCAAGCCACCCAAACCACUACGUAAAGACUCCAGCGACCAUUCGUCAGAUAACGAUGGACCACCUCCUUAUCGACUCAGACCACUCGCUGAUGUCGAUAAGAAGUCAAAUUCGGAGACUAGUUCUCCUGUUUCCAAGAAUAGCCAAGGGGACGUAAAUUCGCGAAAUUCGAAUUCCAGCCGAGAGAAAGAUGAGAACAAUUGUUCGGAUAGGUUGGCCGCAAUGGAUUUAAAUUCGAUAAUACGCGAUGUCGACAAGUCAAUGAUUCGUGUUCGAUCUAAAGAAUUUACACAUUUAGUUAACCAUUUUGAUAAUAGCCCAUCGGCUAAGGAAAGCAGAGUAACGAAGCAAAGGAAGAGAUCGAAAUCUGAUAAAGUGAUGUUAGCUGAGUGUGCAGUGUGAGAGGAAGAGAGAAUGAGGGAGAGAGAGAGAGAAAGAGAGGGAGAGAGAGAAAGAAAAAGAAAGAAAGAAAGAAUAAGAGCCCGAGUGUGGCUGGUUCACACUUUUCCUACUAGGCGCGAAAUUAAGUGUUUGUGCAGCGUUUAUGAUUAAUAUAAACGUCAAAUAUUUGUAUGUAAAUAUAUAUAUAUAUAUAUAUA